GAAGAAGAAGAAGAAGAUGAGAAACCGAAAAAGAAGUUGUGUCGUUUGUGUCCUGCGGGAGUCCAAAUGAGAACAAAACCCAGCGCCAAUUCAUACAACCUUCAAUUUUCGGUUAUUUUCCCAUUCCUACAUUUUCCUUAAAUAAAUAAAAAUAGAAACCUCCAUGUUUAAUGCAUAAAACUAUGCCAAACGAACAAAGCCUUAACCAAGAAAGAAAUAAAUACAGAAAAAAAGUAAAAAACAUUUUCCUGUCAAUUGCCGCGAAUCGGUUGUGUUUCCCCUACUGAUUCUCCAACUCCUUCAGGCCUACUUAUGCAGCUAGGGUUUUCUAAGAAGGCUUUCAUUUAUUUGUGGCUCUCAUUGUCGGCGCCCUAUCUUCCUCUUGUGGUGCUGAUAGCGACGAGGUCGAAAGAGACGUUCAUACAGUAAACUAGAGGCAGGAAAAGUUUCAAAAACUAUUGUGCAACUUUCAGCUGUUUCAUUUAUUCGUGAAAGAUGAGCCAACAGAUUCAAGGGUCGCAUGCUUUAUCACCUGUAGAGGUCCCUGCUAAGCGGAAACGAGGACGUCCACGCAAGGAUCCGAAAAAGGCAGAGAACACACCUGCAGUACCUGCGCCAGACAGUUCGAAGAAAAGCAAAGUAUGUGGGGCUUCAGGUGAUGAAGCUGAUGGAAUGGUGGGUCAGGUGGUUACAGGUGUCAUUGAUGGCACCUUUGGUGCUGGUUACCUUGUUAAUGUGAAGGUAGGCAACACUGACACUCAGCUGCGAGGUCUUGUAUUUCUUCCUGGGCGGUUCACUCCAAUUACUGCAGAAAACGAUGUGGCUCCUAAUGCCAGAAUGUACACAAGAAGAGCGGUCCCGUUCCCAGAUCUUAAACGGCAAUCUCAGCCUUCUGGUUCUGUUCACUCAGAGCAAAAUGCUAAGCAACCUGCUGAGCUAAAAGACCAAGUGCCUAAAAUUGCACUUGCAUUCUACUCUCAACUUUCUAAUCUUCAAUCUGGCAUUUCAGAAGCACCUGAGCACCGGUCCACAGCUGUUAAGAUACCUGUAGCAGAUAAUGUGCCAAAGAUUGAUACAGGUCUUUCACUGAGUGGAAAAGUCCUUCCACCACAAAUGGAGGAGCCAAAGGUUGAUGAACCAGUUGAGGUGCUACAAGAAACUGAAGCCCCCAAGCCGAUGAAAGGACCUAAUGAAGUGGAGACAAAUGAAGAAUCAAAAACAGAACCAGAAUCUGAACCACUUGUUGACACCUUGCUCGGUGCUGAAGCCUCCAAGCUGAUGAAAGGACCUAAUGAAGUUGAGGCAACUGAAGAGUCAGAAUUUGAACCCGCUGCUGACGUGUUCCCUGGUAUUGAGACUUCCACACUGGUGAAAGGACCUACUGAUGUUGAGGCAAACAAAGAAUCGAAGGAAGAACCGGCACCUACGCCAGUUGUUGACAUAUCUCAGGGCGUUGAAGCUGUUGUUAAGGAACCUGAGAUUCAUGAUGCAGCUCUGAGCUCUGACCCUAGGAAUGAUUCGACUUGUGAUGAGGUGAAGACUCUGAAUCUAGAACUCAACCAAGCACCUGUGGCUUCUGAACCCGCAUUCGAGAAUUCUGAGUUGGUCAACAAUUCAAUGAAGAAACAUGGCAAUGAAGAAGGUGUUCUGGCAGAACCGCAAUUGGGGCAUGCUGUUGAGGUUCCCAAUGGAGAAGGUAAGCCACCUGUGGGUGAUUCUACUAAAAUUACUGGUGCAGUCUCUUUCUCGGCAGUGAAACACAGAGAAGAGGCCAUUCGUUCUGAAUCCAAGCCUACAUCUGAAGGACGUGUUCCACCUGAGCUAACCGAAUUGGAGAUCCGCAGUCCUUCCGGUGAAAUUAUCAACAUGGAAUGUGAUGAAACGGAUGCUUUGCAGUCUUAGAUAUAUUCAUUGGUGUCAAACAAUCUCAGCAGGAUUUGCAACUUGUUUUUGGAGGAAGGACAGGAGAAACUAAUAAAAACAGACAACGUAGUCUCUUAGUUGCCAUAUUAUGAAAAUCAUUCUAUAGGCAUAGACAAAAAAAUUUUGUAGACCCUUUUUUUUUCCCCCCCUAUUGACAGCUUAUGAUGGUUUU